CCAUGCUCUUCCGAGCAGAACUUAUUUGAAGAGGGAGCGAAGAAGAAGAAGGAGCCGCAAAGUAAGGGCAAUGAAUUUUGCAAAUUCCCAGCUGUUUUGUCCUAUCUUUUUAUUCCUAAGCAUCGCCGUGUUCUCGGAAACUCUACUCCCCGCUUUAGGGCAGCAAAUAGAUUGGAGAAGCGAGGGAUCUGAAAAUGGGUUUGGACGCAGAGUUCUAAUGAGUUUCAAGGAAAAGCCCCCAGGGAGCAACGUCACAUUUGAAUGCUCUCCUUCUGGACCCUGCGUUCCCUGCCUCUAUUCGGAGAAGGGUGAUAAGAAAUAUCGCUGCAGUGAAACUGGCUACCGAAUUCCAUUGAAAUGUAUAGAAAAUGAAGAUUCUGUGAAGAGUUCGAAGAAAACAGAUUCUCAAAAUGCUCAGUCUACUCUGGAUGGUUCAUCUACUUCAGGUAACGGGUUGCAGGCUUACAUAACUUAUAGAAGCUGUAUACCUUCAGCUACUGAAGACAAGCUGUCAGUCCUUGGUUUUGAGGGGAUUGUGAUUUUGUUGCUGUUCAUCAGUGGAUCAAUCAUAUAUCGGAGAAAAAGGAAAUCAGUUUCAGUGUCAGGUUAUGCGGCAGUAAGAUCAUGAGACAAACUCUGUUAACACACAAGAAGGCAUGAUGAG